AUGACCCGUACUGGCCGCAGUUCUGUGAUAGACGAAACAGAGCGAGAGCACCGUGGAAGGUAUAAAGCGGUGACCGUGAAUGACUUCCGGCUCCUGGGCUUGCGCAAGUUGCACCCGGUGGUACGUUCUUACUACGAAAGCAGGGCUGACCAAGAGCAAACUUUACGUGAAAAUGUGGCGGCCUUCAAAAGGCUCCGACUGCGUCCCAGCGUCCUGGUACCAGUGGACAAACGGAGCAUCAAUACUACACUGCUGGAGCAGCCGGUGAGCAUGCCCGUAGGCAUUGGGCCCACAGAUUUGCAGAUGAUGGCGAAUCGUGAAGGAGAGAUCGCUACGGCUGUAGCUUCACAAAAGGAGGGCACUGUGAUGAUCCUGAGCGCAAUGAGCUCCAUUCCGCUGGAGAAAGUGCGGCCGAAUGCACCGCAGGGCAUUUUCUGGCAGGAGUUGUACGCGUUCAAGAACAGGACCGUUACGUUUGAGAUUAUCAAGCGCGCCCAGCACGCUGGCAUCAACGCCUUCGUGAUGACGCUGGAUGCGCCCACCUGGGGACGGAGGAUCGUAGAUGAGCGCCACCUCUUCAUCACGCCCCCAGGAAUCUCGCUCGCAAAUUUACAGCAUUUAGGAGGAGCACACGACGUUCGUUUCGAGCGCAUGAAAGGUUGCGGCCUGACCAAGUACAUGAAUGACUUCUUGGACCCUUCGUUGUCAUGGAAGGACGUCGCUUGGCUCAGGAGUGUGUCGAAGCUACCAGUUAUCCUCAAAGGAAUACUAACUGCCGAGGAUGCCGCCACGGCGGUGGAAGUGGGUGCAGCCGCGGUCACCGUGUCGAACCACGGGGGUCGCCAGCUGGACGGAACGCCGGCCACGAUCGAGGCGCUGCCGGAGAUCGUGGCUGCCGUGGGUGACCGAGCGGAAGUCUAUGUGGACGGCGGCGUGCGCACGGGAACUGACGUCAUCAAGGCACUUGCACUUGGCACAAAAGCUGUAUUCGUGGGCAGACCGGUGAUUUGGGCUCUCAGCUAUGACGGUAGACAAGGUGUCCGGAUGAUGCUGGAUGUCCUCAGGACAGAACUUAUGAGGGCCAUGGCACUCAUUGGUUGUAAAUCAGCACGUGAUCUAGGAAAGAAAGACGUUGUUCGUCAGGAGCACUACUGGGUGAAGUGGGCUGAAGGAAAAGUGAAAAUAUGA